AUGAACGGCAUUGACGAGCAGCCAGAACUAGAGGAAAAAUUGGUCUGUAAAAACUGUUCUAUUGAGAACACUCGAGAUAAUAUUCGUACAAGGGGAUAUCUUCCAAUAGAGAAUUAUGGCUUAAUUGGAAAUUUACGAACAGUCGCCCUUUGCGGAACUGAUGGCUCAAUUGAUUUUUUCUGUUAUCCAAAAUUUGAUAGUCCUUCGUUAUUUUUGCGUUUAUUGGAUAGUGAAAAAGGAGGUCAUUUCUCAAUUACACCAAAAUCACACACCAGCAACAAACAACAAUAUCUACCAAGCUCCAAUAUACUAUCCACGAGAUUUCUAUCUGACGAAGGAGUCAGUCAAAUAAUAGACUACAUGCAUAUUCCAGAGAAGGGUCAACGACUCCAACUAAAACCACUUCAACCAUGGCUCAUAAGAACCUUGGAAGUUGUUCGCGGUCAAGUUGACUUUCAACUGGAGUUAUUCCCGGCGUUUAACUACGCCUUGGACUCUCACACGACCGAAAUUGUUGACUACGCGGUAGAUUCUUCACUUGUUCAGGAUCUUCUCGAAGAGGAAGUCCCGUCGUUGUCCGUUGUUGGUGAAAAACGUGUUUGCUUCAACUCGAAAGAUUUGAAAAUUGAUCUGAGGUUCAUCUGUAAACAAGGUGAUAUCGGUGAAAAUGAGUUGCCAAAACUUGAUUUAAAGAUUGUUAGUAGGGAUCAUUUUAAGGGACCUGGCGUUGUUACGGAAUUCACGUUAAAAGAAAAUCAACAAAUCAUUUUUAUUCUUCGCGAAAUUCCUGAUACGAUGAAUUCAAAAGCUUAUCACAAAAAUUUGCCGUUGAGGCUUAUCGAUCCGCCGUUAACGAUGCCAUUAAUGAAAGCACUAUUUCGUCAGACGUCAAAUUUCUGGCAGAACUGGAUUAGUCAUUCUUCUUAUAAAGGUCGUUGGCGAGAGAAUGUUAAUCGCAGUGCGUUGACUUUAAAGUUAUUGACUUAUGAACCGACAGGGGCCGUUGUUGCAUCUCCUACAUUUGGUCUACCUGAAGAAAUCGGCGGUCCUCGGAAUUGGGAUUAUCGAUAUACUUGGGUACGAGAUAGUGCAUUUACGGUAUAUGCAUUAAUGCGUCUUGGAAUGACCGAGGAAGCUAAACAUUACAUGCAAUUCAUGGAAAAAAGAUGUUUAGAUUUGAAUGAAGACGGAUCGUUAAACAUAAUGUAUAGCAUUGAUGGAGAAAAGAAAUUGACCGAACUGACUUUAGACCAUCUUGAUGGUUACCGUGGUUCGCGUCCUGUACGAAUCGGAAAUGGUGCCUAUGAUCAUAUCCAACUAGUAUCUUAUGAUUUAUGGGUAAGCGUAAGAAAAUUGACCGAUUACGUAUGCGAUAACUGGAGGAUGGAUGAUAUGAGUAUUUGGGAGGUUAGAGGAAAACGACAGAAUUUCACAUACUCAAAAAUAAUGUGUUGGGUUGCAGUAGAUAGAGCGCUCCGAUUGUCAGAAAAACGCGUCUUCCCAUGUCAAAAAGGACAACGAGAACGAUGGAUGAACACCCGCGACGAAAUCUAUGAAGAAAUAAUGCAGAAAGCUUGGAACCCCGAACGGAAAAUGUUCACGCAAUCAUAUGAAGCUUUUGAUGCGUUGGAUUCGGCGGUGUUGAUUAUGCCGUUGGUGUUUUUUAUUAGUCCGACUGAUCCGAGAUUUUUGAGCACUAUUCAAAAAAUAUUGUUGCCGCCUGAGAAGGGUGGUCUGUUAGUCAAUAACCUCGUAUUUCGUUAUAAUUAUCUUACCACGGAUGACGGCUUGGGCGGUUUAGAAGGUUCAUUCUCCAUGUGCACUUUCUGGCUAGUCGAAGCAUUAACACGCGCCGGCAGAUACGACUCAGUUUUACUCGAGCGUGCCGUAUUCAUCUUUGAACAGAUGAUUGGAUACACAAGUCAUUUGGGACUUUUCUCCGAAGAGAUUUCGCGGUCGGGCGAGUUGUUGGGAAAUUUCCCGCAGGCGUUCACGCAUAUUUCGUUUAUUAGUGCUGCGUUUAAUUUGGACCGUGUGUUGAAUGAGUGA